AUGCACCCGGCGGCGGCGGGGGUCCCGGUGGGCAUCCGGGCGCUGGAGGCGCGCCGGCGGUGCGGGGCGGUGGGGGGCGGGGGGAGGUUCUCGCGGCCACCUGCCUCGCCCCGAGCACUCACCCCGGCUCCCUGGUGCUGCGAUGCGCCUCUUCGGCUCGGCCUCUUGCAGCAGUGGGAUCCCCCUUCGUGGGCGGCAGGCAGGGUCCUGGGUCUCCAGGCGCGCGGGUCCCCGCGUGCGCCCUCCGCGCGAGACGUGUCCCGUCGCUGCCGGACCCACACCGCCCGCCGAGGUGUGCGGAGAGAGAACUUGGGCUUGCUUUGCCCAAGCCGUUUCUAA